AUGCCGCCCAAGAAAGUAGCAGAUCAGCCCAAGAAGAAGAAGGCGUCGGUGGAGGAUAAGACGUUUGGUAUGAAAAAUAAAAAAGGAGGAAGCGCCCGCCGACAAAUAGCCCAACUCGAAGCACAAGCCAAAUCCAACAAAAACGCCGACGAGAAAAAGAAAGAAGCCGAGAAGGCGCGCAGAGCCGCCGAAAAGGCUGCCGAAGAACAAGCCAAACGCGACACCGCAGAACUCUUCAAGCCGGUUCAGGUACAAAAGGUACCUUUUGGCGUGGACCCAAAGACUGUGGUCUGCCAGUUCUAUAAACAGGGACACUGCGACAAGGGCAAAAAGUGUAAAUUCAGCCACGACUUGAGUGUCGAGCGAAAAGCGGCGAAGAGGGAUUUGUACUCGGACACGAGAGAUGCGGAGGCCGCUGCUAAUGGCAAAGAAAAGGAUACGAUUGAUCAGUGGGAUGAGGCGAAGUUGAGAGAUGUGGUGUUGAGUAAACAUGGUAAUCCGAAGACGACGACCGAUAAAGUGUGCAAAUAUUUCAUUGAGGCGGUUGAGAAUCAGAAAUAUGGAUGGUUCUGGACGUGUCCGAAUGGUGGAGAUAAGUGCAUGUAUCGACAUGCUCUGCCUCCUGGAUUCGUACUCAAAACCAAAGAGCAACGAGCCGCCGAAAAAGCGCUCAUGGACAAAUCGCCCCUCAACACGCUUACUCUUGAAGAUUUCCUCGAAAUCGAACGACACAAACUCACGGGCACCCUGACACCAGUCACGCCGGAGUCCUUUGCCGAGUGGAAGAAGAAACGACUCGACAAGAAGGCGGCCGAGGAAGAAGCGCGCAAGGCCAGGGAGGCUACAGGUCGUACGCUCUUCGAAUCUGGCAAUUGGCGUGCUGCGGGCGACAGUGACGAGGAGUCGGAUGAAGAGGGUGAAGAUGAUGGAGUGUGGAACUUGGACGCGUUGCGUCGGGAGACGGAGCGGAUACGCAUGGAGAAGGAAGAGGAGCGGUUGGCGAGGUUGCAUGGUGUUUCGACUACGGGGGAGACGCUGGGUGAGGAGGUUGCAGUUGACGGCGAUGGUUGA